AUGUCACUUAAUUAUGCACAGGCCCUGUCACCAUAUGAGAAUAAGGGCGAAGUUGGAAUGCCCGAGGUGAUUGAUCCACCGGAAGUGCUAGAAACAAAAUGCUUCGAGUUAGCUCAACUACUCCUGCGAAGCAAGUGUGCUUUUGUGAUAACAGGGGCAGGCAUCUCCACUUCCGCAGGUAUCGCAGAUUUUCGAGGACCUAAGGGUGUUUGGACUAUAGAAAAAGAGGGGAAAGUGGCAGAAAGCGUGGAUUUUACGAAAGCCCAACCAACUCUGACUCAUCGAGCACUCAAGUUGCUCGAAGAACGCGGGCUUGUGAAAUUUGUAGUUUCACAAAAUGUAGAUGGAUUGCAUCCGAAAUCUUCUUUUCCUUUAAAUCGACUUGCAGAACUACAUGGGAACGUAUUUUGUGAACAGUGUGAAAGAUGCUCAAGACGAUACUACCGGGAUUUCGCAACUGGUACUGUUGGUUUGAAACUCACUGGUCGAUCUUGUGAAGGCACUCCGAGUGGCCGCGCUUGCCGUGGCCGACUUCGUGAUACAACAUUAGACUGGGAAGAUUCUUUACCGGAACCAGAUUUGACCAUUGCGUACAAUUUCGCUAAAAAUGCUGACUUAUCGCUUUGUUUGGGAACUUCAUUACAAAUCGUGCCCGUGGGUAACAUGCCUUUAUUGGCGCAAAAGAGCGGUGGAAAAAUGGUGACAGUCAACCUGCAAGCAACAAAACACGAAAAGAAAGCAGACAUAGCCAUUCACGGAUUGGUUGAUGAUGUUAUGACCAAGGUGUUGAAGUAUCUCGACAUCACACUGGACGAUGACAAGAAGACUGAUGGUGAAAUCGUGUGGAAGUCAAUUCAUCCUUUGGAGAACUUCAAACCUACGAAGGCUGCGACACGAAAGCGGUCGGCAGGGGACCUCAAAAAUGGAACUAUGCAAAAACCUGAGAAAAUUAUACGAAACGGCACUGCUGCCUUGCCUGCCAAUAAGUCGUCAGAAAUGCCAGAGUUGGAUCUCCCUGAAAAUCACAGUCGUAUAGAUGAGAAGAUGAAGGAAGAAAUUUCCAACGAAGCUAGUUAGAGAGGAGUUUUGGGUCAUACGGUGGUUCUGCAAUAUUGUUAGCAAUCCAGGAAACGAGUAUCUA